AUGGCGCCGGUGAAGUCGAGCGACACACGCGACGUGCCCCUGGAGGAGCGUCUGCGCCAGAAGAAGCAGGGCUUCGCCACGCAGAAGGAGGCGGACGCGCCUGCCCACUCGGAGAGCGGCCCGGCGCGGCGCGCGAACAAGAACCAGCCGCUGGAGCUGUCGUCCAAGCGCGCCGUGGGGCGCUUCCGGCAGGUGGUGGAGGUCAAGAAGCGGCGCGCGCUGGACCCGCGCUUCGAGGCGCAGAGCGGGCGGCUGAACGAGGACCUGUUCAACAAGAGCUACGCGUUCCUGGACGACUACAAGCAGCGCGAGCUGCAGGAGCUCAAGCAGCAGCUCAAGAAGACCAAGAGCGUCACCAAGAAGGACGAGCUCAAGCACGAGAUCGCGCUGAGGCAGCAGGAGAUGACGGAGAAGCAGAAGACGGAGAAGAUCAAGAGCGCGCUGACCAAGCGGAAGCGCGAGGAGCGCGAGGCUGUGGCCAGCGGCAAGGGCGCCUUCUACCUCAAGCGGAAGGACAAGAAGAAGCUGGAGCUGCAGGCCAAGUUCCAGGACCUGCAGGAGACCGGGCGGCUGUCCAAGUUCAUGGCCAAGAAGCGCAAGAAAAACGCCAGCAAGGACCACAGGUGGCUGCCCACGCAGCGGAAAUAG